UGUACACGAUCUGAAUCCGGCAGCUGUUGAUAAGUUGCAAACAUUGAGCAACAAGUUUUUGCGUAAGUGGCUUCGCCUCCCUCAGUGCGCUAACACUGAUUCCUUGUUUCUACCGCAGGGUGCUAAUUUCAAAUCUAUCAAAACCAUCUAUUACCAAGCUAGAGGUGGUCUUAUUGUUGAUUGUCUAAUCUCUAGUACUGACCCAGUAGUUCAGUGUGCCGCCGAGGAGGCGAUACAAUCGCCGUCUAACCCCAUGCACCAGUUUGCCCCCGUUAUUCAGGCUGAGGCUGAUAGCGCCCGUGCUGCUAUUGUGGCAGGCGAUGGCAGCACCGCUGCCUGUAACAAAGCUCGUGCCACUGCCAAAGACAAUGUGUCUUCCCAUGUUCACUCCAUCAUCACACUGGAGCGAGAACAACACGUGGCCAGUCUUGUACAACAAGGUGCAUGGCUGCGUGUUGCUAAUGAGGAAGACGCCGACAGUUACUGGUCUUCCCUGAAAUUCGACCUACCACGGAGCACAUGUUCUUUUCUCACCCGAGCUCGACUAAAUGUCGCUCCAUCUUUUACCAAUCUCCACAAAUGGGGCAAACUGUCUGCGCGCUUUACAUGGAGGCACAACAGUGUCGUCAAAGCACUGGCUGACGGAUUAACUGCUGCAAUCAAGGACACCGACAAGCACACCGAAGUCCUGUGUGAUCUAGCGCCUGAUUCCUAUUCUUCGCAUGUUGACACUAUUCCUUCUGACAUUCUCACAACUAACGUUUUCCCUGAUAUUACUGUAAUUAAUAGGUCACUGAAACGUAUCGAUAUUGUUGAAAUAACAGUACCUUUUGAAUCGGUAGAAAGUUUUCGCAACGCUGAGUCUAGGAAAAGUACGCGAUACGCCAGUCUGCAGAACGAUCUUGCAGGACUAGGUUGGACUGUAAAGCAACAUCAUAUUGCUGUGGGAUCUUUGGGAAUGAUUCCCAAAAGUACCAGUCAUAGUUUGACCUGCUUGUUGAAGCAAAUAUCUGGUUGUAAUUCUAACACUUCCUCCUUAAUUUGUAAGAAAAUGGCUAAAAUUGCUCUUUGUUGUAGUUAUGCUGUCUUCAAUAGGCGCUCGGAUAAACUGUGGCUUCCACCUGGCCCAACUAAACUUUUCAGUGUCUAACUGGCGCUUAUUACGUAAUAUAAUUAUUAAAAAGUCAUAACUUUUGAAAAUUUCGGUUUUUUCCAAAACUUUACUGAAGGCAUAUUUUUAAUAUUGAAUGAA